AUGUCAACCCCUGUUGCAUUUGUAGCAAAACUACCUCCACUACCUGCCAUCAAGGAAGUUGUCAGACUUUAUAAAUUGAGAGCCAAGAAGCAGCUCUCACAAAACUUUAUACUAAAUUACAAUCUGUGUAAAAGAAUCAUUAAGACGGCAGGUAGUUUGAAGAACAGUUACGUUUGUGAAGUUGGACCAGGUCCAGGUGGACUGACACGUGCCAUUCUGGAGGCCGGAGCUGCUCAUCUCUCCGUUAUUGAAAAAGAUGAUCGAUUUUUUCCAACUCUUGAAGAACUGAAUGCAGCUUCGCACAACAGAAUGAAAAUAUACCACGGAGAUGUCCUCCAUUUCAACAUGUACGACAUCUUUCCGCCAGAGAUCUCCAGAGACUGGUCCGAAGAACCACCAAACGCGCACAUAAUUGGCAACCUGCCGUUUAGUGUUUCCACACCGCUCAUAAUCAGGUGGUUGAGGGAAAUUUCGAGGAAAGAAGGCGCAUGGAGUAGGGGCAGAGUGAGGCUGACCUUGACGUUUCAGAAGGAGAUUGCGGAAAGAAUGGUUGCCCCUGUGAUGAAUGAUCAGAGAUGCAGACUGUCUGUCAUGUGUCAAAACUGGUGUGAUGUACAACACAAAUUCACGAUAACAGGGAAAGCCUUCGUCCCCUCGCCCGACGUGGAUGUUGGGGUCGUCCAGUUCACACCCAGAAUAACUCCACAGAUAUUGACAGCCUUUGAAUAUGUCGAGAAACUACUCAGACACGUUUUUCACUACCGACCUAAAAUGUGUCGAAAGGGUAUCGAAACUCUCUUCCCACCCGACCGACCAGACUUAACAAGGCGAUUAUUAACAAGGGCAGAUGUGCAUGCAGACUCCAGAUCAUAUUCACUCCAUGUUGAAGAUUUUGACAGGAUGUGUCAGGCUUACAAGGAGAUCUGUGACGAAGAGCCUCAUCUACUUACCUAUGAUUACAGAUCUAAAGAGAACGCUGUCCUCUGGCGGAAUAGGAAACUUUUAAAUAUAUAACGUUUAUUAUUUUUUUUUAGUUUGGGGUCUAAAUUUGGGUUUGGAUUUGUUAUACUAAAAAGUAUUUUGAAGAUUAUAUCUUUUCAUGUUAUUGACUUGUAUUAUUAUUAUAACUUGGUUAGUGGUGCGUUUGUUAUACAGAGUGUUGUAUAUAGUAAGUAUAGUAUGUUGAAUGUAGUUUUUUGAAUGUUUUAAAAAAAUAGAUGGUUAGUUGGUUCUUAAAUAAAGAUGACUUGAACGAUAUAAUUUUUUAUUUUUCUUGAUAAAAAUAUGCAAGAUAAAUAAUGAAUAAUAAAUAUUAGCUAUUUGAUCAAUUUAUCAAUUCACACAUAAUUUUGUAUAAAUGUUUUUCAUUUAUUAUUCAGUAGAUUUGUUUUUUAACAUGAAUUCGUUUGUAUAAAUAAAAAUUUAAAAAAUGUUGAGAGUAGUUUUGAUGUUAAAUCAAAAAACGAAACAUGAAAGCAUUCAGACCGCCCAGUCAAACGUAUUUAAUCAUUUUAAAAAUAAAUAAGGCACUCGUAUUAACUUUAUUUGAGUGUGUGUAUUUAUGUGUGUGUGCGAGUGUGGUGUGUGUGUGUGUGCAGCUCGUAUGAGUAGUUAAUAUUCUGUAAAUAUGUUAUUGAUUAUUAUGACAUAAAAUGGUUAAAAUAAAAAGACAAGACAUUAAUUAUAACACAGCUAUACAUUCAAUAAAUAUAAAUUUAUGAAGAACGAGUAUUUGUAGGGUCGUUUUUUUGAUUAAGAAAAGGUUUAAGCAUAUUUGUUCGUUUUUAAACAUAUUAUUAUUAUUAUUAUUGUUGUUGUUUUAUUGUUUUUUUUUAUUAUUAUUUUUCAUUUUGAGAAGAGUUGCUACAUUC